CCCGGGGACUCCCCGCGCCGGGAAUCUCCCGCCAGCUGCGCGCUGUGUCCCGGCGACGGCAGGAGCACGUGGAGCGGCCGGGUAGCCAGAGCGGCAGCUCCAGCCCAGCCCAGCCCAGCCCGGUGGCGAGAUGGAAGAUAUAAAACCAAAUGUGGAACUGAAAAGCACUCAGGAACAGUCUUUGCCCACAGAAGGUCCAGUGAUUUUGAAUGACUAUGAUUUAACCAAACCUCAUGAAACAGAAAAUGUGGACAGUGUGGAAGGCCCAACCAAUGAAGAUGAAGAUAUAGGAGAUGAUUCCAUGAAAGUAAAAGAUGAAUACAGUGAAAGGGAUGAGAAUAUUUUAAAGCCAGAGCCCAUGGGAAAUGCAGAAGAGCCUGAAAUUCCAUACAGCUAUUCAAGAGAAUAUAAUGAAUAUGAAAACAUUAAGUUGGAAAGACAUGUUGUUUCGUAUGAUAGUAGCAGGCCAACCAGUGGCAAAAUGAACUGCGAUGUGUGUGGACUCUCCUGCAUUAGCUUCAACGUCUUAAUGGUUCAUAAGCGGAGUCAUACUGGUGAACGCCCAUUCCAGUGUAAUCAGUGUGGGGCAUCUUUUACUCAGAAAGGUAACCUCCUCCGCCACAUUAAACUGCACACAGGGGAAAAACCUUUUAAGUGUCACCUCUGCAACUAUGCAUGCCAGAGAAGAGAUGCACUCACAGGUCAUCUUAGGACACAUUCUGUUGAGAAACCCUAUAAAUGUGAGUUUUGUGGAAGGAGCUACAAGCAGAGAAGUUCCCUUGAGGAGCACAAGGAGCGCUGCCGUACAUUUCUUCAGAGCACGGACCUGGGUGAGACGGCAAGUGCGGAGGCAAGACACAUCAAAGCAGAGAUGGGAAGUGAAAGAGCUCUCGUUCUGGACAGAUUAGCAAGCAAUGUGGCAAAACGAAAAAGCUCAAUGCCUCAGAAAUUCAUUGGUGAGAAGCGCCACUGCUUUGACGUCAACUAUAAUCCUGGCUAUAUGUACGAAAAAGAGAGUGAGAUGAUACAGACCCGGAUGAUGGACCAAGCCAUCAAUAACGCCAUCAGCUAUCUCGGUGCAGAAGCCCUGCGCCCCUUAGUCCAGACACCACCUGCUCCCACCUCUGAGAUGGUUCCAGUUAUCAGCAGCAUGUAUCCCAUAGCCCUCACCCGUGCCGAGAUGCCAAAUGGUGCCCCCCAGGACCUGGAAAAGAAGAAUAUCCACCUGCCAGAGAAGAGCCUGCCUUCUGAAAGAGGCCUCUCCCCCAAUAAUAGUGGCCAUGAUUCCACGGACACUGAUAGCAAUCACGAAGAACGCCAGAAUCACAUCUACCAGCAAAAUCACAUGGUCCCUCCCCGGGUCCGCAAUGGGAUGCCACUUCUGAAGGAAGUCCCCCGCUCUUAUGAACUCCUCAAGCCCCCACCCAUCUGUCCAAGAGACUCCAUCAAAGUGAUCAACAAAGAAGGGGAGGUGAUGGAUGUGUAUCGGUGUGACCACUGUCGAGUCCUCUUCCUGGAUUAUGUGAUGUUCACUAUUCACAUGGGUUGCCACGGGUUUCGUGACCCUUUUGAGUGUAACAUGUGUGGAUAUCGAAGCCAUGAUCGGUAUGAGUUCUCAUCUCACAUAGCCAGAGGAGAGCACAGAGCCAUGCUGAAGUGAAUAUCUUGUCCCCAAGAUGAUUUACUCCUGAGCAUUCAACAUCGUUUGUUAAAACCAAUACCCCACCUAAUGAAUUAUUCUCCAAACAAACUCCUUUCCAAACUCCUUUCCAUACCAUUUUUAGUGUCCAAAUGGUCAUGUUCACAUGGGCAACAGGGAAAUGCUGUCUUCAUUCAGAAAUUGUUUGCAGGUAUAUCAUGUUACCAUUUUUGUGAAAGUUUUGUUUUCUCAUCAUGGACUUGAAUUUUUACGAUAUUUAAAAGCCAGUGAAGUAUUUCACCAUUAUCUUUGGCAGCAACAGAACAAGCAGUCCUUGGAGUUUGUUGCCAGUCAAAAGAGUCCCUCAGUGUGCUGCAAGAGACAUUCUUUCCAAGAUACGUAGAUAAAUCAGCCAUAUGUGGAAAAACCUUUUGGUCAUAUGUCCAGGUCCACAAAGAAGAAGAGCUCACCAGCUAACCUGGCUUGGAAGCCAUGCCCUUCUGUACUUAACACAGGCUGAAAGUCGAGGAUAUAAUCUCCUCAUCCCAAAUUAUACUCUAAUGGUAAGGAAAAGAAUAGCCAUAAAAUAAGUAUCUGUUACCAAGAAUUGAAGACUCAAGUCUCUAGGCAGCAGACCCAUUUCUUAGCACACAAAGGAAAAAAAAAAUCAAGUCACCCGAUGAUACUUCUGCUUCUACCCUUUAACCUUCCCAUCAUCAAUUAAAUGUUGCUUCGGGUUAAACCAAUCAUGUACAGGAGAAAUUCUAUAUCAGAAGAACUGAUGGCUUUAAACAUAGAGCAUCCUUGAAACUCCAGGACGUUGUCUGCUUUGGACGAUGGCAUCCAUUUCCUAUGAUCAAGACUGGCAGAACUGGGCUCUGAGGGAGAAAUGGUUUAGAAGCACCAUGGGGCAGGGAGAGGGGUGGGUAACUACCUAAAAGUUCUUGGUCCCCUUCAUGGAGCAUUAGUGUACAGACACUUACCAAUGAUUUCUUUUUUUGAGCAAAAAACCAAAAACACCAAAGAAUUAAAAAAGAGUGACUUAGUCUCCCCUCCCCAGAGGAGAGGAUUCAGGGACAGA